AUGUUAAAUAUAUUAAAGAAUGCAUUCUCAAAGAAACAAAAAUCAGAUAAGCAAACAAUUUAAUUUGCAUAAUUUGAUCAAUAACAACAGGGUGAUCCUCCUUUGCCAUAAGAAUUUCCUAAUGAUUUCCAAAUUAUUGAUGAACAGGCCAUGAACAUUAUAGAAUCAGAGUAUUAUAAUAAAUAGCAAGUUGAGCCAGAAUAUCAGGAAGAACAGGAAUUCGAGGAAGAUCUUAUCGAAUAUGAGGUCAAAGUAGAUGAUUCAUUAUAUGGAAUUGCACUUAAAUUUAGUGUUUGCGAAGAUUAAAUUAUGAGGAUCAACAACUUAUCAAGUGAUUUGAUAUUCCAAGGCUAAAUUAUUAAAGUACCCAAAGGAAUUGAGAAGACAUUUUCUGUUAUUCCCAUCCAAGAGUAAAAGUAGAAAUCUGAAUAUCUAUGGAACCCUGACACUAUUGCCUAAAAAUUUGAUGUAUUUUAUUGUAACAACAAAUAAAAUGUCGAGGGCUAAUUGACUCUUACUUCUGACUUAGUUCUUUUUAAUCCUUUUUAAUAAGAUCAUAUCGAAGACAAUCAAAAGAAAAUAAGAUUAUAAGCAUGUAUCUCAAUGCGAGAUAUUAAUGAGGCUGUCUAUUACAUACUACCUAAUAAAAAUGGCCAUUUGGAUUAUGUUGUGCAGAUUUUACUCUCAGGAAUAGGCAAACCAAAAUUCGAAAAGAAAUACAGAAAACAAUUAGACAGAUAUAAAGAAUAAAAGAAAAGCAUUGCAACUGUGUUUUUUAGACAUGCUGAAAGAGACCAUACAGGUAAAUUGUAUACUGAAGAAAUCAAAAAACAAAAUUGUAUUAUGAUGGCUAGAUUUAUCACUGAAGCCUGUUCAAAUUAUACAGCCAUUGUCGAAUUAACUAAAUUACCAUUUAUAGAUUUCAUUUAGGAUACGACUUAGAAAUAGAAUUUAGAUGUUGAUGUAGAUGCAGAUGGGGAUGCAGAUGAAAUUCAAGAUGUAAUUGGAGAACGCAUGGGAAGUAUCAUUUAUUAAGAAUACUUAGAAUUAUGGGCUAGUUUGGAGUAUGUUCCUAUUUUGAGAGGAAGUUCCAAUUGUUUUACUGAUACAACCUAUAAAUAAGUUAUUGAAUCAAUUCCUGCUAUUUAUCGAUUAGCCAAUUGGAAUAAACUGUAUGACAUCGAUAUUGAUGGAUCCAGUUAUCAAAAUAUGCUACAAGAGAUUAGACACAUAUUUCCAAUUUUGUUAAUCAUUAAAGACUUUGAUCUCAAUAUUUUUGGUGCCUAUGUCUCAAGUGAAAUUCAUAAAUAUUUUGAAGGUUUCAAAGGGAAUGGCGAGACCUUUUUAUUUAAAGUAGACACAGAAGUAAGGAUUAUAUUAAAUUAGAAUAAUGAAGUACUGACUUACUCAUGGACGGAAAAGAAUAAAGAUUUUAUUUUUUGUGAUGACACAGGGCUAGGAGUAGGAUGUGGAGACAAAUUUGGACUCUUUGUUGAUUCAAGUCUUUUGUUUGGAUAUUCUAAUCCAUGUACUACUUUUGACAAUCCAAGAUUUACAAAUCAAGAGAAAUUCAAGAUUAAGAAUCUAGAAUUAUGGAGUAUUGAACAAUAAUGA